AUAGUGCACAUAUGUAGUGAAUGUGCUGCAAUUUGGGACAAAUCCGAUCACCUCGCUGCCAAAGAAUUAGCUAGCUUCCGUUGCGUUCCUUUAGCUUAGCCUAGUUAAAACCUUUUCGGCUGUUCGGUGUUGUUAAUGAAGUGAAUAAAUCAUAAAUAAACCGAACUAGUUAUGUUUUCAGGUUUUUGGUGAGACUUGACGCUGUUUGUAAGUAAGAGGAGCGGCCUGGGUCGCAGAUAAGAAGAAACAGGUGAAGUGUUAAACCUGGACAUAUCAUAUGUGUCACCUGGAUAGCUGCGAUAAUGGCAGAUGACAAAGAUGUACUCCGAGAUGUAUGGUUCGGCCGGAUACCGGCGUGCUUCACACUUUAUCCAGAUGAAGUCACAGAGAGAGAAGCAGAACCGUUUUACCUUCUCCUUCCACGGGUGAGUUAUCUGACGCUAGUGACCGACAAGGUCAAGAAGCACUUUCUGAAAGUCGUAAAAGCCGAAGAUGUCGAGGAAAUGUGGUUCGAAUAUGAAGGGACGCCUCUGAAAUGGCACUAUCCAAUCGGAGUAUUAUUCGAUCUCCAUGCCUCAAAUAUGUCUCUCCCCUGGAGUAUCACUGUGCACUUUAAGCAUUUUCCUGAUCGUGAUUUACUCCGCUGCCCUUCGAGCGCUGUGAUAGAAGCCCACUUUAUGUCCACCAUUAAAGAGGCAGACGCAUUCAAGCACAAGGGCCAGGUUAUAAACGACAUGCAGAAAAAAGAUCACAAGCAGCUGUGGAUGGGCCUACAGAACGAUAAAUUUGACCAGUUCUGGGCCAUGAACCGCAAACUGAUGGAAUAUCCAUCCGAGGAGGGCGGCUUUCGCUAUAUCCCUUUCAGGAUAUACCAGACGCUGAGCAACAGGCCGUUCAUCCAGAAGCUGUUCCGGCCCGUUUCUUCCGAAGGCCACACUCUCACCCUGGGAGAUCUGCUCAAAGAGAUGUUCCCUGCUGCCCUAUGCCAGGAUGAUGAGCCAAAGAAAUACCAAGUGGUGGUUCACGGCAUCGAGCCGCUGUUCGAGACGCCUGUCCAGUGGCUCAGCGAGCACCUGAGCCAUCCAGACAACUUCCUCCACAUCUGCAUCGUCCCGGUGCCGAACGACUAAACCCGCGAACUGCCCAUGUGGCCCGAGAACGACUCUGCUGCUCCCAUCAUCCAGGAGGGACCCUUCCAGAAGAGUGUAUUAACUUUCUCACACUUCCUGCAUUCACAUUUGCCCACCUGGCCUGCCACACCUACUUGCUACGAGAUUUGGUGGAAUGGAAAUAUUCUUCUUUUCUUAUGCAUGUCACAGGGAUGUAAAUUCCACCUUUUACUGUCUCGGUGUCCAAGUAUUACCGUGGUAUUUUUAUGUACGAGAUUAUUAGUGACUGCUGUGCGCUCAGAAAUGUCGUCUUUUUUUUCCAAAUGAGAUUCAUAUAUUUUCUUCACACCAUGUUUAAUAAGAUAACUAACCUUUUUACAUCCCUGGUAUGCAUCUCUCUUUCUCUCUCUCUCUCUCUUUCUCUCUCUGAUGAACUCUCUUUACAUGUUGCCUUAGAACUCGCUCACCUUCAUGAUGAGUCGGUACACUCCUGAUUUUGUCCUGGUUUUGCUGAAUGACGGUUAUCCCUGGCUCAAAAAGGCCAGAGCUUAAGUUUUGAUCAGCCCUUCACUAGUACAGCAUGUUUUUCUUUCUCAACAGUCUCAGUAUGGUACUUUGAACAAAAUAAUGAUUUCAGCAUUAAAGCAUUAAACCUAACCUCGCACUAAUUUUAAGAUCCAAGAUUAAGUAGUUUUCUUUUAGUUUUCUUUCUUUUAUAACACGUAAUCAAAGCUAGUAAUAAAGUUUACUAGACAGCACGCUAACAUGAGGUACCAAACGCUUUCUCUGUACGCAAAAGUUGAUUUUGAAAGAAACAAAAAACGGUGUCUGUGCUUGGAGUCGUUUACAUUUAAUCAUUUUGUUUUGCAUAAGUCAGCAGAGUGUAGGAGUGUCUUCUUUUUCAGGUUGAAUCUACAUUCCUGCCUUGCAGCCGUUAAUAAAAAUGUUUUUGUCUCAGUUGCUCAUAUAUAUGCACUUUGGUGUUAUAGCGAUUAUAGUUAGUGAUUGGCUGAUCAAGUAUACGCUAAGCUCCGCCCCAGGGAAGCAUGUGAUUCUGCAAAAUGAGGAUGUACAUCAGUGCAGAGUAUUUACAGUAUUCACAGCAGUUAGCUAAUACACAAAUUUUUCAUUUAGAUCUUUCCUUGGAAUUUGGUUCAUUAUCAGGAAAACCAGCAUCCCUGGAACAGAAAAUUUAUUUUCAACGAUUUUUAUCGGCGCACACAAAGGAGGUCGAAAAAAGGAAUUGCAUCCGAGUUGUGGUCGCAAAUUUUUGUUCAGUUCCUGUGUGUGGGCUUAGUCUGGGAACUGGAACUGUCAUUCAGAAAUGAUUUACUUAAAUACUUAUCUCUAAUCCAAAUCAUACAACAUGAAAGAGAAAAUAACAGCCUGUUCAUGUGUUGCGGUUGACUCCGGAUGUCUGUCGUAAGAGAACUGCAAUGUAGUCUCCUGAUUGGAAGUUUAGUACACACAUUAUAUAUAUAUAUAUAUGGAGAGAGGGAGAUUUAUAAAAAAAAAAAUGUAACACAUUAUUAUAGCUGAUGCAGGACAAUAUUUUAAACAGCUCAGAUUAUACAACUACUAGACAUAACUGUUUAGCCUGGUAACAUUUGUUUGUGUUUAUUUCGUUCGGAGAGGACGUGACGGAGGAGGUCGGAGCGGGGAGCAGACGAUUAGCAGCUGAGAAUGAUUAUUCGCUUAUAGGAAUAAGUGAGUGUACACUCGCAGACAGAUGGGGAGAGCGAAUACUCAAACCACACCAGGUCACUUCUCAGCAAACUGACUGGAAAACCUGGGGCUUUGAAACUUCGCAAUGUGCGUGUUCGGGGAUUUUUUAAAAAUUAUUUUCCUUUUUUUUUUUUUUUUUAUUCAAUUGGACUCCAGAUGUGUGCACUGCAUUGACUGUAUUUAAUCUGCUAAAAUGUCGAUACUGCAAGCCACACGUUCUUUCAGAACAAAUGUGAUCAAAUGAAAAUUUUCUUUCUUUCUUUCUUUGUUCACGCUUGCUUUUUCUGUCUUUUGCUACUUAACUACUUAAAAAUGCUUAAUAUAUAAUUAAAACAAUAUUUUGUAACUAA